GGAGACUAGGGCUGUCUCUAAACAUCCAGACAAGCUUAGAUCACACAGAGCUCCAACGUCUCUCCGUCUGCAUCCUCCUCUCCUCUCCUCCUUCUCUCCUCUUCUCUGCAUCUGCUGGUUGCUCUCACCCUCAACUCUUCUGAGCCUCUCUUCCUCUGAGCUUCUGCAACAGCUAUUCACCUCAAGUUUUCUUCCAAAGCCACUUCCAAGACACUGAGACCCAACUGUCGCCAUGGAGGCCAUCAAGAAGAAGAUGCAGAUGCUGAAGUUGGACAAGGAGAAUGCCAUCGACCGAGCAGAGCAGGCUGAGUCCGACCAGAAGGCAGCGGAGGAUAAAUGCAAGCUGCUGGAGGACGAGCUGCUCGCUCUGCAGAAGAAACUGAAGGGAACAGAGGAUGAGCUGGACAAGUAUUCAGAGGCCCUGAAGGAUGCUCAGGAAAAACUGGAAGUGUCGGAGAAGAAGGCCAUGGAUGCAGAGAGCGAUGUGGCAUCUCUGAACCGCAGGAUCCAGCUGGUGGAAGAGGAGCUGGACCGCGCUCAGGAGAGACUGGCCACAGCCCUGCAGAAACUGGAGGAGGCUGAGAAGUCUGCGGAUGAGAGUGAAAGAGGAAUGAAGGUGAUUGAGAACAGAGCCAUGAAAGACGAAGAGAAGAUGGAGAUCCAGGAGAUGCAACUCAAAGAAGCCAAACACAUCGCUGAGGAGGCGGACCGCAAAUACGAGGAGGUUGCCCGUAAACUGGUCAUCCUCGAGGGCGAGCUGGAGAGGGCAGAAGAGAGGGCAGAAAUUGCAGAACUUAAGUGUGCUGACCUGGAAGAAGAGCUGAAGAACGUCACCAAUAACCUCAAGUCGCUAGAGGCUCAGUCUGAUAAGUACUCUCAGAAAGAAGACAAAUAUGAGGAGGAGAUUAAAGUCCUGAGUGACAGACUUAAGGAGGUAAUCUACAUGGGCAGGCCAAUAUCGAGGAGGUCUCUAGGGACCCGAGGAGAGCAGAGAAGGGAUCUAGAGUACAGCAAUAGAGAAGACUAG